AUGGAAGCUGCAAUAAGAUGGUCGCCGCACUCGACACGAGACAAUCCUCGCUUCUUGAUCAUCGAUGUCGCGGGUAAUAGGCUGCGUCUGUGUCAAAUCGAAGAGUUUAGUAAGAGCAAGGUCAACUAUAAGCAGAUAUGCAUCCGAGAUAAGCUGCCAAACUACACGGCCUUCGACUGGUCUAAGAAGGAUCCGAGUGUAGUUGCUGUGGGUUCUGCUUCUGGAGAGGCUACCAUCGUUACAUUGGAUCCGGACAAGCCUGAUCACGACUACAUCCACUCGUUUUCUAUCCGACACCAAAGGAAAUGCAACUCUAUCGCUUUCAGCGCUAAGAAUCUACUUGCCACGGGGCUGGAUAGAGUCAGGAAUGAUGUCUGUCUCAACAUCUACGAUAUGAACGACUCGCGAGUCACAGCCAAGGAUGAACCGUACAAGAAGUUGGCGAGCUCAGAAGCCAUCUCUAGCAUCAAGUUCUUUAAUGGACAGCCUGAUAUGCUCGUCGCGGGUGUGUCCAGGCAAUACGUGCGUAUUUACGAUCUCAGAGACUCUAGCACGGCGGGCAUUGCGCAAUUCCAAACACGCCAGGUGCACAACAUCUCCAUAGACCCAUUGGACGAAAACUACUUCCUAUCAGCGGGGACGGCAGGAGACCCAACUGUGACUGUUUGGGACACACGCUUCGUCAAGCAACGAGUAGCGUCCAACGAUAAUGCGAGUGGGGGCGCCGUCCUGGAGUUCAAGCCAGUCGUGGACAAUUCACAGUCGGCUUCUAUAUGGAGUCUUCGGUACUCUGGCACCAAGCGAGGAACAUUCGGAGUACUUGCGAAUAGCGGGGAGUUCAAAAUCAUCGAAUUAGCACAGCACUCUCAUCAACCUUCCGAGACAGCAGAUACACCUUUCGCUCGAGCAUGGGCGUCUCCAUACUACACCAAAGCCACACAUCAUCUACGCUAUGCCUCACACGACAAACAGCAUCGGCACGAUGAGAAAGAGCGCGUCGUGGCAUACGACUUUAUGACUACUGGAAAUCCGCUCGGUGGACAAUGUGCUUUAGCUCUACAUUCAAAUCGAGAAGUCGAAGUUCUCAGAGUACCACCAAUACCUCCUCGGAUCAACGUAAGCGCGCUGGAGGAGAUAUACAAAGAUCGCACUUGCAUCGCUAGGCCGACUUCGCCAUUUGGUACGGUAGCAGAGGAUUUAAUCCAGGUACAAAACAGAGCACUAGGCGACAAGUACGAUAUCGAACAUGAUCACAAACUCAAUCUCUCCGCCAGUAUCGAUAGACUGAGCCUCAGCAACAGCCAACGAAGCCUACCUCUUUUGUCGACAGAACACCCCAGCCAUCACAUGCAUGAGGACCUCCUCGAUCUUGCGUUCCCUGAGUUCAAAAUUCCCCUCUCUGAUUAUUUAGCCGUCCUCCAAGCACCCAAACGACGUGUCCAGGAAGGCUACUCGCUCGAUUGUGCUAAGAACAAGGCUAUAGUCCACAACGAUCCCUGGCUGGUCGAUGUGUGGACACUGAUCGAUCGCAUGGAUGCACAUGCCGCAGGAGAUGGCAUGGUGGGCAACGGUCUCGAUCUCAAAUACCUGGGAGUCAGCUCGAUAUGGGCAAACGAGCUGACAAUGUACGACGAGCGACUCAUCGAUCCGGAUACAAAGACAAGCCAAGAGAUGUUCAGCGAUGCAGUCAAAGAGAUAGUCGAGGCCAUGGAAUUCCCUAUUUUCGAAGGCGUGAACACAGAAUAUCCAGAGAACAGGCAAUUGUGUCUCAGUCUCUGCGGCUGGCCCCUCGAUAAAGCCGGCGUAGAGCAGAACUGUCAACGGCUUAUAGAUGAAGGCGAGAUAUACAAAGCGAUCGUUCUCGCCGUCUUCCAGGGGCACAAGGACAUCGCACUAGCCCUUCUCCGAGCAAGUCUUACAAGCAAGAGACUCCCACAAGACGACAUUGGUCUCGCAGCCGUCAUAGCCUGCGCCUCGCCCUCCUCCGGCGUCUCAGCCGAGCAAAGAGAAGCCUGUGCCUGGAUGGCCGACAUGACCAGCGACGCCUACCUAAAAUCACUCCUCACCUACUUCAUCACAGGCGACUGGUCAAGCGUAGUCUCGAUGCCGCAACUCACCCUCUCAGACCGCGUAGCCGUCGCCCUGAAAUACCUACCAGACCCCUCCCUGACCACCUUCCUCACUACCACCACAACGACCGCAACAGCCCAAGGCGACAUCUCCGCCCUCCUCCUCACAGGCCUAACUACGCGCUCCCUCUCCCUCCUCCAAACACACAUCUCUCACCACCCCACAACCGGCCUGCAAAACGCCGUCCUAAUCCUCUCCCGCGCCUGCCCCCUCUACAUCCAAGACCCGCGCUGGACCCUCUGGAAAGACAUGUACCUCGAGCAACAGCAGAUCUGGCGCACCUUCCUCGAACGCACGCGCUACGUCAAGGAACAUAACCUACUCAGUGUAACGCGCGAGGGCAGGAGUGUGAAUAAACCCAGUCAACCGAGCUUGACGCUGCGCUGUCUGAACUGCCAGCAGAAUCUCGCGUUGAGGAAGGAUCCGAGGAGUAGUACGAAGAGAUUGCUUCCUACUGCACAUCAGGCGGGUGGCAUGAACAACGCGCCGUCGACAGCGACGACGACGCAUCGUGCCACGGCUUCGUUGUCGUUUGGUGGCGGUGCUGGGAAACCUGCUGCACCGCUGCAACAGAAAUCCGCCGCUAGCACACCUGGACUCCAUUGUCCGAACUGUGCGGCGCAGAUGCCGAGGUGUGCGCUGUGUAUGUUGUGGUUGGGCUCGCCUGAUCCGAGUAAACAGGGGGCGUACGAGACGCUCAAGGGAGAGGACAAGGAGGGCAGGAUGAUGGUGUUUUGUAUGAACUGUACGCAUGGUUUUCAUGGUCAUCAUGCGAGGGAUUGGUUUGCUAGGCAUGCCAUGUGUCCUGUGCCGGACUGUGGGUGCAUGUGUGGGUUGAUGAAGUGA